UUCUGCUGGCGCUUCGGCUCCGCUCUGGCCUUAGCCCCCUUUCCUCCCCGGCCCUAGAGGUGGGUGCCUACUCAUCUCUUUCUACUGAGGACCCCGCGGCGCUUCCUUAUGCCCUGUAGCUCUCCUCCUUUCUGGACUUUCUUGGGCCGCCGCUCCGGCGCUCCCCCUCCGGUGUGAGGCGCUUCCCACUUGGGGCCGCGCCGUCUCUCACCUCGUUCUCCUUCCUUUGGGCUUAUUCUCUUUAGCCGCCGCUGCCCCUCGGGGGCUCUUGCCCGCCAUGAGUUACGGGCGCCCUCCGCCAGACGUGGAGGGCAUGACGUCCCUCAAGGUGGACAACCUGACCUACCGUACGUCCCCGGACACGCUCCGGAGAGUCUUCGAGAAGUACGGGCGCGUAGGCGACGUCUACAUCCCCCGGGACCGCUACACCAAGGAGAGCCGUGGUUUCGCUUUCGUCCGUUUCCACGACAAACGCGAUGCCGAGGACGCAAUGGACGCCAUGGACGGGGCCGUGCUGGAUGGCCGUGAGCUCCGUGUGCAGAUGGCCCGCUACGGCCGCCCGCCCGACUCGCACCACAGCCGGCGUGGGCCGCCGCCUCGUCGCUACGGGAGCAGCGGCUACGGUCGCCGCAGCCGCAGCCCGAGAAGACGCCGUCGCAGCCGAUCCAGAAGCAGGAGCCGCUCUAGAUCCCGCAGUCGGUCCCGCUACAGUCGAUCUAAAUCCCGUUCUCGCACACGCUCUCGGUCUCGCUCCACCUCGAAGUCCAGGUCUGCCAGGAGAUCCAAGUCAAAGUCUUCGUCUGUCUCCAGAUCGCGGUCCAGGUCAAGAUCCCGAUCCAGAUCUAGAAGCCCUCCCCCUGCCUCAAAGAGGGAAUCCAACUCUAGAUCCCGAUCUAAGAGCCCUCCCAAGUCUCCGGAAGAAGAAGGAGCUGUGUCUUCUUAGGCUCAUGAUGCAUCAGAUAAAUGAGAGCCCACAUAAAGGACGCCU